CGUACGUCUUGCAAAAUUAUAUCCGCAUUAUAACGGCGCUAGCACUCAACGACAGCAGCAGAGCUUGCAAGUGAGGUUUAAUAUUCCACAGCCUUUGUUCAAGAAUUUUCACAAAUUUCUACACUAAAGAUGUCUGAAGUCGAACAGCAGCAACCCAUGGAGGAAGGCGAGGUGGAGACCUUCGCCUUUCAGGCUGAGAUCGCUCAGCUAAUGAGUCUCAUCAUCAACACAUUCUACUCCAACAAAGAAAUCUUCCUUAGGGAACUUGUCUCCAAUGCCUCCGAUGCCCUUGAUAAGAUCCGUUACGAGAGCCUGACGGACCCUGCCCGGGUUGAAGCCGGGGGCAAGGACUUCGAGAUCCAGAUCAUCCCCAACAAAGAUGAGAAGACCCUGACCAUCAUCGACACCGGUAUCGGCAUGACCAAGGCCGACCUGGUCAAUAAUCUGGGCACCAUCGCCAAGAGUGGCACCAAGGCAUUCAUGGAGGCUCUGGAGGCUGGGGCAGACAUCUCCAUGAUUGGUCAGUUCGGUGUGGGUUUCUACUCGGCCUAUCUGGUGGCUGACAGGGUAACGGUGUAUUCCAAGCAUACAGACGAUGAGAGCUAUAUCUGGGAAUCGUCCGCUGGUGGUUCAUUCACUGUCAAAUCAGUUCCAACAAUUGACACACUCAAGCGUGGCACCAUGAUCGUUCUGCACAUGAAGGAGGACCAGGUGGAGUACACGGAGGAGAAGCGAAUCCGUGAAAUCGUCAAGAAACACAGCCAGUUCAUUGGCUACCCAAUCGCGCUUCAAGUCGAAAAAGAACGGGAGAAGGAAGUCAGCGACGACGAAGAAGAGGAAGAAAAGGAGGAAGAAAAGAAGGAAGAAGAGGCAGCUGAAGACGGGGAAGAUAAGGAAAAGCCCAAGAUUGAAGAUCUGGAAGAAGAUGAAGAGGCAGAUUCCAAAGACAAAGACAAGAAGAAGAAAAAGAUCAAGGAGAAGUACACAGAGAACGAGGUGUUGAACAAAACCAAGCCGCUGUGGACCAGGAAUCCAGAUGAUAUCAGUCCCGAGGAGUAUGGCGAGUUCUACAAGAGCCUGACCAACGAUUGGGAGGACCAUCUGGCUGUCAAGCACUUCUCUGUUGAGGGACAGCUCGAGUUCCGUGCUCUCCUCUUUGUGCCCAAGAGGGCGCCCUUUGACAUGUUUGAGAACAAGAAGAAAAAGAACAACAUCAAGUUGUACGUGCGCAGGGUGUUCAUCAUGGACAACUGUGAAGACAUCAUUCCCGAGUACCUCAACUUCGUCAAGGGUGUGGUGGACUCGGAGGAUCUUCCCCUCAACAUCUCCCGUGAGACGCUCCAGCAGAGCAAGAUCCUCAAGGUCAUCCGCAAGAACAUUGUCAAGAAGUGCAUGGAGCUCUUCAUAGAGUUUGCCGAAGAGAAGGACGACUUCAAGAAGUUUUAUGAGCAGUUCAGCAAGAACCUGAAGCUCGGUAUUCACGAGGAUUCCCAGAACCGGACCAAGUUGGCCAACUUCCUGCGCUACCACACAUCUCACUCCGGCGACGAGAUGAGUUCGCUGAAGGAAUAUGUUUCUCGCAUGAAGGAAAACCAGACGCAGAUCUAUUACAUCACAGGUGAAUCAAGAGACCAGGUUGCCAACUCGUCGUUCGUUGAGGGCGUCAAGAAGCGUGGCUUUGAGGUCCUGUACAUGACGGAGCCCAUCGACGAGUACUGUGUACAGCAGCUGAAGGAGUACGAGGGCAAGACGCUGGUCUCCAUCACCAAGGAGGGCCUGGAGCUUCCUGAGGACGAGGAAGAGAAGAAGAAGAGGGAGGAACUCAAAGCCAAGUUUGAGAACCUGUGCAAGGUCAUGAAGGACAUCCUGGACAAGAAGGUGGAAAAGGUGGUUGUGUCCAACAGGUUAGUGGUGUCACCCUGCUGCAUCGUGACCAGCCAGUACGGCUGGACGGCCAACAUGGAGCGCAUCAUGAAGGCCCAGGCCCUGCGCGACACCAGCACCAUGGGCUACAUGGCAGCCAAGAAGCACCUGGAGAUCAACCCCACCCACUCUAUCAUGGAGACGCUGCGCCAGAAGGCGGACGCAGACAAGAACGACAAGUCGGUCAAGGACCUGGUCAUGCUGCUGUUUGAGACCUCCUUGCUGUCGUCGGGUUUCUCCUUGGAGGACCCACAGACGCACGCCGGCCGCAUCCACAGAAUGAUCAAGCUGGGUCUAGGUAUCGAUGAAGAUGAUGCCGCAGUAGUCGAAGAAAUGCCCGAGCAGAUGCCACCUCUUGAAGGAGCAGACGAUGACGCGUCUCGCAUGGAGGAAGUGGACUAAAGAUGAGGACCAACAAACGAACAGUGUUUAGGCCAUGGACAAAUGCGACUGGCUACAAGACUCGUCUGAAAAUUAGAGACACAGGUCAUGUGAUUCCUCGUGGGAAAAUCUCUGAGCUUUUUUGAAGACUUCAGUGGACUGGAUCCUCUACAUCUUAACAAAUUGACAUCUUAACAAAUUGAAAUGUGUAUAGAAGUUGUUAGCAUAUAGGUGUUUAGUAAGUGGCUGUACCCAGACUUAAAAUCAUUCCCUAUUGCAGUCGGAAUACAUUUGUUUCAGCUGAGUGUAGUAGGAGCAUGGUGGGAUGUAUACGUGUGUGACUUGUACUUGUAAGAGAGUAAAUACCGGUUGUCGUUUUCAAGUAAAAUCUUCUUUGAGACAAGUAAACCUGGAAAAGUUGUCUGUCCAAUUCGACAGAUUUGCAUUUCAUUGAUACAGACAAAUGUGAGGAAAAACUCAAAGGCUCCUUUAAUUCCGCACAUAAAAUAAGAAAGUCAUUCUUUGUACAUGUACAUGGUCAUUGGUGAGUGGUUGUGUAUAGUGUAUACUUAAUCGCGAUAUGCUCUUUCAUGUAAUUAAAUGAUUUUUAAAUGUUCAGGAUCUGCCAAUAUAACCGAUCAAAAAAAAAUCAUUCAGCAUUUGCAUACAAAUAGAGUACUACACUUGUAUAAAUUGAUACAACAGAUGUGAACUGUUACAUUUUAUGCAUGUUAUUGGCUGCAUAUUGAAAGUCUAUACUGUAGCAAAUUUCAACAAGUUAUGUAGGUGGUGGACAAAUGCUUCAUAAUGAUAUUUUUGUAAACGCGCCUGCAGUUUUGACAUCUCAUUUGCAUAUCACUGCACUUACGACACAUAUUUCACCAAACUGUUGACUUUGUUUCAAUUUGCAUGAUAGUGAUUGGAGCAAUAUUUUAUAAGCCUCGACCUGAAAACUUAUCCAGAAAAAAAAAAUGCCUAAAACAUUCAGAAACUGGUUAUUUAGAAGACAUUAUUUUGAAAACUAGUUACGAAACAUAAAAAGAUUCAACCUUGGUCAAUGAAAAUCUUCCUCUACUUACAUGAACAAAGCACUUUAAACCAAACCCACAUUUGUACAGCCUUCAAAGUUGUGUGUUUAUUCUGCCAUAAUGUUUACUAUUUGUGGUAAAAUUCAGUGACAAACGUUGAAAAACUUUCAACUUCUGAGGAUUAUACAAUUUUGUUUUGUAUUAAUAAUUAAGAGUAACUGUUGAUUCACAUUCAUUUUUGUAAGCUUCGUUUCCGGCCUUUUUUCGUUUGUGCAUUAAUCGUUAAGUGUUGCAGCAUGAAACACUAUAAUAAAAUUUUGGAAUAUAAUA